AUGGUCCCUGUACAGUCUUUCACAGGUGGGCUGCUGGGCACAGGUGGGGCUGCUGGUCACAGGUGGGGCUGCUGGUCACAGGUGGGGCUGCUGGUCACAGGUGGGGCUGCUGGUCACAGGUGGGGCUGCUGGUCACAGGUGGGGCUGCUGGUCACAGGUGGGGCUGCUGGUCACAGGUGGGGCUGCUGGUCACAGGUGGGGUUGCUGGUGCUGGUGCUGGCGGCUGGCGCUGGUGCUGGUUCCUGGUGCUGGCAGCUGGCACUGGGGCUGGUUCCUGAUGCUGGCGGCUGGCGCUGGGGCUGGUUCCUGGUGCUGGCGGCUGGCGCUGGUGCUGGUUCCUGGUGCUGGCGGCUGGCACUGGGGCUGGUUCCUGGUGCUGGCGGCCGGCGCUGGGGCUGGUUCCUGGUGCUGGCGACUGGCGCUGGGGCUGGUUCCUGGUGCUGGCGGCUGGCGCUGGGGCUGGUUCCUGGUGCUGGCGGCUGGCGCUGGGGCUGGUUCCUGGUGCUGGCGGCUGGCGCUGGGGCUGGUUCCUGGUGCUGGCGGCUGGCGCUGGGGCUGGUUCCUGGUGCUGGCGGCUGGCGCUGGUGCUGGUUCCUGGUGCUGGCGGCUGGAGCUGGGGCUGGUUCCUGGUGCUGGCGGCUAGCGCUGGGGCUGGUUCCUGGUGCUGGCGGCUGGCGCUGGGGCUGGUUCCUGGUGCUGGCGGCUGGCGGCUGGGGCUGGUGCCUGGUGCUGGCGGCUGGCGCUGGUGCUGGUUCCUGGUGCUGGCGGCAGGCGCUGGUGCUGGUUCCUGGUGCUGGCAGCUGGCGCUGGUGCUGGUUCCUGGUGCUGGCGGCUGGCGGCUGGGGCUGGUGCCUGGUGCUGGCGGCUUGCGCUAGUGCUGGUGCCUGGUGCUGGCGGCUGGCGCUGGUGCUGGUGCCUGGUGCUGGCGGCUGGCGCUGGUGCUGGUGCUGGUGCCUGGUGCUGGCGGCUGGUGCCUGGUGCUGGCGGCUGGCGCUGGCGCUAGUGCCUUGUGCUGGCGGCUGGCGCUGGUGCCUGGUGCUGGCGGCUGGCACUGCGACCGCCGGUGCGACGGGCGAGGUGCAAGGUGGCGCUGGCUGCAGUCGAUGGCGCAAACGCGAUCGCGGGCCGCUGGCGACUUCGCUGGCGGGUCGCUGGCGGCGGGUCCGCUGGCGUUCGCCAUAG